GUCUUGCUAGUUUUUGGAAAUGUUAAAAAUUGUAAACAUAACAUGGCAAAUGCACGAAUCGCGGGGUAGAACAUUGUUUUGGUUUAUUCUGUAAAAAUUAGCAGUUACAAUGGAGGUUCUUUCGAGUGAAAAGUAUUUGAUAGCUCGAGCUAAAGAGACGACUGAUCCGUACACGGCGAAGGCUUGGAUUAUCGCCGCUAAAACGCUAUUUCCAAAUGACUUCGGGGUACAGUUUGAGGCCUAUGAGAUUGAAAAAAAUACGAACAACUUCGAAGAGGCCGCAAAAUGUUUGAGUUACAUAAUUAUGACCUUCCAAAAUGCUCACCAAACGCCGGCUAGCCUUUUGAAUGAAAUAUCUCUAAUGACGUCGGCGUUGCGCGUGCCAGAGGGUACGACUACUCCGGAGCAGGAAUUCUAUGUGAAGAUGUUCCAAUACAUUUCCUAUGAGGUGCAACACAAAAUUUUGCUUCUGACGGCGGCUCAUUUUAACAACAAUUUGGAUCAUUGUCGAUUGAUUUUACUGCUUCUGAAAAGAUACCCUCAAGCAGUUCCAACGCACGCUCCCCGAUUGUUGGAAACCCUGGUGCAAAACAUAAACGCUCCCAGCUUUAAAGAGAUGCUCAUACACGAAUCGAUUCCGCUGAUCUACAAUCGUCCGCCGGAUCUUCCCAACAAGCUAGUGCAUCACAUUAUGGCCAUUUGCUUCGAAUACUACCUAAACCAGAUGUUAUCGGAAACGGAAGAUAAAGCACGAGUGGUCACGGACUGUUGGCGUAAAAUUUUUGAGAUAUUUGAAUUUUGCGGCAAGAUCCUCAUGUGGGAACCGUUUGUGCCUUAUAAAAGAGGUUGGAGCAAGGAUAUAUACUGGCAGAAAAUUAUUCAGAUAGUACAAUCCGCUCCACCGAGGCCUUCGGAAAACAAGCAAAUCUUGUUUUGCGCCACGAUUGUGUUUAUAUUGUCAUUGCAGGAAUAUAUAAAUUUUUCUCGACUGAAGAGCAAAGAAAGUGACAUUGAGGUGAUACUGAUGGAGUGUUUGCAGGAACCAAAUUUGGACAUGAAACGAAGAAAGCUAGAUGUUUUGGAAGUCCCACAGGUUUUUGUUAAUGGGCCUGUUAAUCCGGAUGCAACAAACUGUUUGGUGACAUCAUAUAACUGCUGGCAGCUUUUACAUUCCAAUGAGAUACUGAAAACUGAGUUUACACAGUUGGUUAUCUGCAUUCCGGCGCUCUCCGUAUGGAUUAAGAAGUUUUUAAUUGAUCUAUCCGUAUACGUUGGUCAACAUGAGGAAACUCAUAGCCUUUUACAGUCCCAGAACGCAAAUAACAUGCCCCAGUUAGAGAAAAACGUACGACUUUUCGGAGUAGCCCUGAUGCAAGGCAGUAUAAAUGUUCAUCUCUUCGAACUGAUGAACAAUAUUCUUCAGAACCUGCCAACUACCAAUGGUUCUUACCUACAGAGCACUACACUCUCGACUGCCCCUCGCGUACUGAUGUUGAUCCCGCUUACCAAACGUGCAAUUGUACAUUACAUAAUACAAACUCUAAUAACCCUGCUGAAAGAAAAACUUAACGAUCCAGAAUGUUCUAACUCUUUAAUGGGUAACUUGCUGGUGCUAAGUCAGAUCAAUUGGCCACAAGAAUCGACGAUGGCGGAAAUAAUAUUGGGAAUAAUAAAAUCCCGACGGCAGUUUAUAUACCUUCUGUUCACCACUUUUAUUAUAAAUGUAGAAAUAAUUGAAGAAUUUAUGUACCUCUGGCAACAGAUUCCUGAUAUGAAAUUGGAACUGGCGCUUCCACAGGCAGGCAACAACCUGGUCACUCCAGGGUCGCGCCGCAUUGGGACACGGGGAGCGGACCGAGGGGUCAAGGAGGACUUCAAGCAAAUUAUUAGACAACUAAUUGGUCGAAGCAACGAGGAUCUGGAUGAGUUGCUGGUACAGUUUUUGCAGCAGCAACACAUGGCGCUACUGCAAAACAUUUUCGAGAAAUAACCAGAUGUUACUUGUCGGUUGUAUUAUUCGAAAAGUGUAAAGGAUUGCUAUUUGUUCUCAUAAAGUUCAAUAAAAUGCUGAUUGUAUUGUGACUGUUUAGAGAAGCCAUCUACAUUGAAAGUGUUGAAUCUCCAUCCACAGAAAGUAAAACUUGAAAAUGAUAAAGAAGAACAAUAGUAUAUAUGGUAGUAGAAGAAGUGGCGUCGACUUGGGGUGGUCCGCCGCCGGGUGCACGAUUUUAGGGUACAGAAUGAACCAAACUUGUAUGAAGAAUUUUGAUAAAUAUGAUUCAUUCUUUUUCUGGCGAAGUCUUAAAGAAGUUUUAAACAGAUUUUUAAUUUGACGAAAGCAACAAGAAUAAGAAAUUAAGUACAAAAUAUGAAGGAGAUAUGUAUACAGCCAUUCCAUGUCAAACCGAUAUAAUGGUUCUCAGAUUUUCGUGAAAAGUGGUAAUUUUGUUCUUUAUCGCAAAACAUUAGACCCAUAUUUUUGAUUUUUUUUUAUUGAGGUGACCAUUUACAUUCUAGGGUGGUCCGAAAAAUAACUUUUCAACAAAACCAACAACAACGAUCAUCUGAAACGGUCCAGUGGUUCACAAGUUAUGAUUUUUUCCAAAAAGUUAUGUUAAGCAUGGAAUCAAGUACCGAAAUCGAUAUAGAAGAGUCUACUUAUGUUUAAAACCACAUUAGGGGCAUUGAAAAUAUGACAUGUU